GGUCGAUUGUUUAUCGGUGGACAUCAACUGCGUUUACGAUGUGGUGUACCCCAGGGUUCUGUUGUGAACACCAGUGAAACACCAUUAUACGACGAGUUUGCUUUAGAUCAAGCUCCUUACAUACCUUGCGCCUCGAUUUUGGUUCGCCUACUCCCUUACACGAAGGAACCCAUUUUUCCCGCACCUUAUCGUGAACGAUGCUACCGCUCGGCCGAGUCGAAACCGAUCCCUGUGGAGUGGAAAAUAUAUCGUCUUUUUGAAUCGGACAACGAUAAGGAUGUUACAUUCCGUCGUGUUAUACGGGAAUUGCUGAUGCGUGAAAAUGUCAAAACAGAUCGUGAGUAUCGUCCACUGUUCAAUCAGCUAAUCGUAUCUGUAAUUCCCGUAUAA